ACCAUUGAUAACGUUGGGUGAUUCCAUUCAUUGAAACAGAUGAGAGUUAUCUGACAAAUGGAUACCUGGAUACUGAAUUAAACUGGCUUCCAGGCAUGAAAAACAUCAGAUUGAGAGAUCUUCCUAGCUUUCUAAGUUCUCUAGACCCAAAUGAUCACAUCAUUCUGAACUUAAAUAUCAACAUGCUACAAACUGCCCAAACUGCUGAUGCCGUCAUUUUCAAUACAUUUAGAGAGUUGGAGAGUGAGGCACUAGACACUCUCUCCUCUAUCUUCCCUCCUCUUUUUCCCAUAGGCCCUGUCCCUUUGCUUCUCGCUCAAACUCAGCAAAACCAGCAAUUGGAAUCCAUUGGUUCCAAUCUCUGGGAUGAAGAGAUCCGAUGCAUCGAUUGGCUUGAAUCCAGGAAACCCAAAUCUGUAAUCUAUGUGAAUUUUGGAAGCAUCACGAUUAUAACAUUAGAACAACUAUGCGAAUUUGGUUGGGGUUUAGCCAAUAGCAAGAAACCUUUUUUGUGGAUCAUAAGGCCUGACUUAGUAGAUGGUGGGUCAUUAAUUCUUUCACCUGAGUUUCUAAGUGAGACCAAAGAUAGGGGUCUCAUAGCUAGCUGGUGUGAGCAAGAGAAAGUGUUAAACCACCCUUCGAUAGGAGGGUUUUUGACUCAUUGUGGAUGGAACUCCAUGACAGAGAGUAUGUGUUCAGGAAUUCCAAUGGCUUGUUGGCCUUUCUUUGGAGACCAACAGACCAAUUGUAGGUAUGCUUGCAUCCAAUGGGGAGUUGGGGUUGAGCUUGAUAAGAAUGUGAAGAGAGAAAUGGUGGAAAGGGUCAUCAAUGAGUUGAUGGAAGGGAACAAAGCGAUGGAGAUGAAACACAAGGUCUUGCAGUGGCAGAAAAUUGCAAAGGAGUCCACAGCACCUCAUGGUUCUUCCUACAUCAACUUGGAGAAAUUGGUCAACCAAGUCCUGGUUAAAGGGAAAAUUUGAUGUUCUACAUGGGGAAAAAAAUAAUUUUAUGAGAUCCUGAGAUCUUAUUGUUAUUUUGUUUUCCUGCAUAUAUGUCUCUAAACUCUUCAUGGUUGGAACCUUUUAUCAUCUCCUACAGCACACUAUGGAGAGCUUUAUUUAGAAUACCUACACAGCUAUAAGUGUGGACAGCUUUAUCAGACUUCAUAUAUAGUAUUAGCUUCGAUUUCAAUCAUAUUUUUUGAUAUGGCUUGUAAGUCAUUUAUAUAGUUAUCUUGUAAUAUUUUAAUUCGGUAAUUGC